AUGGUGUGUUGGGGAGAGGACAGGUUUACACUACUUGCAACACUGGUUUUGUCAAGGCCCCGCAUUGGCGUCCAACCGUACGUGGAACAUGUCGCAAUUGUGGGGCACGACGACGACCUGGCAGUGGAGCGCUACAUGGCCGAGCGACGGGUGGAGCAGUUUCGGCCUGUAUAG